UAGCCAGUGUCUGGAUGUAUUUUAUUUGUCCUGGUAUAUCCCUUUGAGAAUAUUUAUUGUGGGUUUAGCGGGGGGUGCAGAGGAGGACUUGGCAAAGGACAGCAUUGUAGGUGACACCUGUGCAGCUGUGCUUCUGGGUGUCCGGGGCAGGAGGGGAGGGAGGAGACGGAUCCAUACUGAGUUCCCAUCUCCCGAAAAUUCUUGGCCGAUCCACGGCUUGCAGCUAACUUGAGCCGCCGCCGCUUGGCACAGAAUGGCUAGAGAGUUGGGAAUGAGCGCGACGCUAAACGCUCCAUCUGCAGAAGAGGGGACUGGGCUUCUGGUGGUGAAGGUAGAACAGGAAGAGGCCUCCCCCUUGGCAGAGGAGGCCAGUUGGCUGGGCAGUCCCGGGCUCGACCGCUCCCGCCAGCGCUUCCGUGCUUUCCGCUACCCCGAGGCAGCCGGACCCAGGCAGGCGCUGAGCCGCCUCCGCGAGCUCUGCAGACAGUGGCUGCGGCCAGACGUGCACAGCAAGGAGCAGAUCCUGGAGCUGCUGGUGCUGGAGCAGUUCCUGACCAUCCUGCCAGGGGAGCUGCAGGCCUGGGUGCGCGAGCAGCACCCCGACAGCGGGGAGGAGGUGGUGGCUCUGCUGGAGUACUUGGAGAGGCAGCUGGAUGAGACGCCUCUAAAGGUCCCAACUGGUGACCAGAGACAAGGUCUUCUCUGCUGCAAGAUGGAAUUGCUGACGCCCUCCCAAGACUCACAGAGUAGCCACUCCCAGCCGGGGAAGUCUCUGCCCAAGCAUGAAUAUCAGGAAUCCUUGGUGUGUUCACCCUUACAAGCCAGAGAUCUGCAAAUAAAGACUGAGACCAGGGACUUGCCUCCAGCCGGGGAACACAUGGAACAAAAGCCCGAGCAGACAGUGUGCUUCCUGGGUGACGAUGCUGUCCAGGUUCCUGCAGGUGCGAAAGCCAGUGAGCAGGACGGCAAGUUACAGACAACACAGAAGAGUGCCACAGGAGCUAGGCGCUUCUAUUGCCGUGAGUGUGGAAAGAGUUUUGCUCAGAGUUCAGGCCUGACCAAACAUAAGAGAAUCCACACUGGAGAGAAGCCCUAUGAGUGUGAGGACUGUGGGAAGACCUUCAUCGGGAGCUCAGCUCUCAUCAUUCAUCAGAGGGUUCACACGGGCGAGAAGCCGUAUGAGUGUGAAGACUGUGGCAAGGUCUUCAGCCACAGCUCAAACCUCAUCAAGCACCAGAGAACCCACACCGGGGAGAAGCCCUACGAGUGUGAGGACUGUGGGAAAACCUUCACUCAGAGCUGCAGCCUCCUUGAACAUCACAAAAUUCACACCGGGGAGAAGCCAUACCAGUGCAACAUGUGUGGCAAAGCGUUUAGGCGCAGCUCACAUCUCCUGAGACACCAGAGGAUCCAUGGUGAAAAAACUGCUCCCAGGCCUCUGCAUGGAGAGGCCUGGGAAGGGCAGAGGAGCAUGGGAGGCCAGUGGGACAAUGCUGAUGCUGAGACUUACCAGUGCAAUGAAUGUGAGAGAAGUUUCACACGCAAUAGAAGCCUCAUUGAACAUAAAAAAAUCCACACUGGUGAGAAACCCUUCCAGUGUGAUGCAUGCGGGAAAGGCUUUACCCGAACUUCAUACCUUGUUCAACAUCAGAGAAGCCAUGUGGGGAAAAAAAUUGUCUCGCAGUGAUCUGUACCACACC